UAAUUCACAAAGUAGACAUGACAGGACUCUUAUUCUGAAGGAUUCCGAAAAUCCGUGAUCCGGAAGUACKUAAGUACUUUAURCUUGCCUGCUUCACAGCGGUGCAUGCAACUAUCUGCUCAGAACUACACGGAUCAAAUUGUUGCUAGCAUAUUUACCAUUUUCAAAACAUUAUUAGCAUAUUACUUAGAUACAAAGUUUAAAUCUUCUGCAGAAGUCAGACCGAGCUCUGUUUAGUUUUCGCAAACYUUUGAAAAUGUUGAGCAGUGUUUCUCUCCGGGCUCAYAUCGCUUCCAUCAUAGAGGUACUUUCUAAAACUGCGGUUGCAGAAAUUYGCAAAGUAGUCGACGAUGGCAUAGUUGUGUUACGUGUAGAAAUGUGUCGACGGGAAAAUGAAAUCAACGUCCUGAAAAAUAAUGUACAACAACUUGACAGCGAGCUUCYAAGAGCUCGAGGGAUUCAACCUCGAAAACGCAUCCAUCAUGGUCGAUCAGUCGCUGCUGAGAAUCUUGGGAGAAAAGGGACUGGUAAAAGCGGUACCACUUCUGUGAGGAGGACCUCACUUGAAAAACUGCAGCCUGAGGGAGAUGGUAACGGAAAGGAUGAAGCCGUUGGACCUGCGGAUGAGACUCUGGUCAAGAUUGAGCCGGGAGGGGAGGAUGAACAGGAAGAGCAGACUACAAGGAGAAAAUACAAGUAUCGUCUUGAAGCUGAACUGUCAACGUACSAGAGAGACAGCCAGACGUGGAUGUCCAGUACACAAGAAGACAAUGAUAUGGAGACAAACUCACUGUGUCUCCCCGAUCACUCUCCUGGAACUUCCGGAAUGACGGCAGCAUCAUGCAGCAAUGUUUCAUUACCAGGGAAACCAUAUUUGGAGUCUAAUGUCAGAGAGGAUAUGAUUUUACAGCUCAGACAGCAACAACYUUAUCGGCAGUCAGACGCGCUCAGGAGAACAAGCGACGGCACAGUAKAGUCAAAUCCAGACCCUCAAAGUGAAUUCGGUUUUGGCCCGAAUUAUAAUUCGGCAAGGAGAGCGAGGACCAAGAGAUUUUUCCAGGUUAAUAAACACUUCAUUUGCACACUGUGUGGAAAGAGUUUUGAACGUUACAGUCAUCUMGAAAGGCAUCUACGAAUUCAUACGGGUGAGAAACCGUACAGCUGUGACUUAUGUGGAAGGUGUUUCAACCAGAAGGGUAGCCUCAAAGGGCAUCUGAAGACUCACAGAGUAUCGAUGGACGGACUAGCUAACAACGAAGAGAAGCCUCCCCUGGAUAGACGUCAGACUGAGGAAGAGCGUUGCAACGGAAAGGACGAAGUGUUCCAAACUGCUCCUCAGAUGCCUAUGAAGUCUGAGCCAGGGGAGGAGAAGGAUGCAUUCCAGACACUAGAUCCUAAAGCAGAAGAACAGACUGCAGGGAGAGCAGAACAGCAACUGGAUGAGGAAUUGUCGAUGUACGAGAGAGACAGCCAGCCGUGGAUGUCCGGUCCACAAGCAGACAACGAUAUGGAGACGAGCAAUUCAGAAUAUUUCAGCAGUUCAGGUCAGAACUCCCAGUGUCUCACUGAUCACUCUCCUGUACUUCCUGUCCCAGGAAUGGUGGAGGCGUCAUGCAGCAGUGGUUCAUUUCCAGGGAAACCAUAUGUAGAUGUCAGCGAGGAUAUGAUUUUACAGCUCAGGCAGAAACAUUAUGGAUCUUCAGACACACUCUUGAUAGCAAGUGACGGUACAGUACAGCCAAACUCACGGGUCAUGGACGGGGCUUCUCUGAKCCAUCCUCCCAUCUUCUCCAGUUUUCCGGAAAGGAAAGUGAAAACCUUCCAAGGAGUCACCAAGGACAAGAAGUGCUUCAUCUGCUCAUUCUGUGGGAAAGUUUUUGAGCGUGUUGGUCAUCUGGAAAGGCACCAGAGAAUUCAUACGGGUGAGAAACCGUAUAGUUGUGACAUAUGUGGAAGGUGUUUCAACCAGAAGGGUAGCCUCAAAGGGCAUCUAAAGACACACAGAGCAGACGGUGCUGACAUGCUAACGGGUCAACCUCCGCUAGAUGAUAAAAAGCCUGACGUUUAUCCUAGACCCUCGGAGUACCCAGAAGAACCGAGGGAUCAUCCCACAUCUGCUGAAGCACAGCCUGGCUCCGGGUACAGUGAGGAGGAGGAGGAGGAGGAGGGCAGGGGGCAGGGGUUGGUGGGGGAAGCAGAGAAAGAGAAGCAGUUUGAAUCCCAGAUACUCAGUCAGUCAGGACCUCCACACCAACAAAGCACAGAGCGACCAGGUUACCAGGACGACCCAGAGUAUGUCAUGGAUGAGAGGGAGAGUCAGCUGUGUAGAUCUUUCACAGAGAGGCACAGUGAUACUGCGUCUGGAUCACUACAUCCAGGUUGCUCCUCCGAUGUGACAAAGCAGCAGAACUCCCAUCCUGUUUCACCCAGUGUCAAAUACCAUCACAGUCCUUUUGAUGGACUGCACCACCACCACGGGUUCUAUACGUCAGCUUCUAGAGAGGUGGAACUGGGAGACGUGUCUUUUCAGGAAGAGAAAGACAAGUUGGAUGUGAUUGAGCAAGAGCAGUAUGCGGGGAUGGUUCUACACGCAAGGAACAGGGAGGAUGGUGAUGGGACAAUACUACCCAGGUUUCAGAACCGGGUACCACUGCCACAACUACCUGUAGAGGAGGAAACGGCAAUGAGCGCUUACAUCACAGAACCAAACUACAGUCAAGAGGGGAUUUUAUUUGCCCUUGGCAUAGACAGUUUUGACAGUACAGAGGGAGCCAGUGCCACUACAGACGACACAAGAAAUAGAUGUUUCAUAUGCUCCUUUUGUGGAAAGAGUUUUGAUCGCCAUAGUCAUUUUGAAAGACACCUGCACACUCAUACUGGUGAGAAGCCCUACAGCUGUGAGAUAUGUGGUAAGACCUUCACUCAGAAGAGCAGCCUGAAAGCUCAUCAGAGACUUCAUACAGGUUAAUCAAGGGCCAAAGAGUCUUAGUUUGUGUUCCGAAUGGCACCCUAUAACAUUAUUUAGUACACUA